UGCAAGUGUUGUGGUUCAAUUGGUUCUGUCAGUGUAUCACAGAUUAGAAGUGAGCGUUGCCUGUAGCUUCGAAGCCAAAGCCAGCAGCAGGCGCUGAAAUGAACAGUGAGAACUUGGGUCUGUGUGAGAAGCGCGUGUCGCCAUCCUACGUGCGACAGGGAGCGCAGGCCCGCCGCGGGCACGAGCAGCUCGUCAGACACCUGCUGGAGCAGGGGAAGUGUCCAGAGGAAGGCUGGAAUGAGAGCACCAUUGAGCUCUUCCUCAGUGAGCUUGCCAUCAUGGACAGCAACAACUUCCUGGGGAACUGCGGGGUGGGAGAGCGCGAGGGACGUGUGGCGUCCAGCCUGGUGGCCAGGAGGCAUUACAGGCUGAUCCAUGGCAUUGGCCGAUCUGGGGACAUCGCUGCCAUUCAGCCCAAGGCUGCAGGUUCCAGCCUCCUCAAUAAGCUCACCAACUCUGUGGUGCUGGACAUGCUGAAAAUGGCAGGUGUGCGGAGUUUGGCUGGCUGCUUUGUGGUUCCCAUGGCAACAGGAAUGAGUCUGACACUGUGCUUCCUGACCCUGAGGCACCGGAGGCCCAAGGCACGAUACAUUAUUUGGCCGCGCAUCGAUCAGAAGUCCUGCUUCAAGUCUAUGGUGACAGCAGGUUUCGAUCCCGUGGUGGUGGAGAAUGUGCUGGAGGGGGACGAGUUACGUACGGACCUGGAGGCGGUGGAGCGGAAGAUCGAGGAACUGGGUGCCGAGAACGUGCUCUGCGUGCACUCAACUACAUCCUGCUUUGCUCCCCGCGUGCCUGACAGGGUGGAAGAGUUGGCUACAAUAUGUGCAAAACAUGAUAUUCCCCACAUAGUUAACAAUGCAUAUGGUGUGCAGUCUUCCAAGUGCAUGCACCUCAUUCAGCAGGGAGCUCGUGUUGGAAGGAUAGAUGCCUUUGUUCAAAGUCUGGACAAAAACUUUAUGGUUCCAGUAGGUGGCGCAAUCAUAGCUGGGUUCAACGAGUCCUUCAUUCAGGAAAUCAGUCGCAUGUAUCCCGGUCGAGCUUCGGCUUCUCCCUCGCUGGAUGUACUCAUCACUCUCCUGACACUAGGGGCCAGUGGCUACAGGAAGCUGCUGAAGGAGCGCAAGGAAAUGUACACCUACCUGGCAGAGGAACUCAAGAAGCUGGCUGAAGCUCAUGGCGAGAGGUUGCUACACACCCCACACAACCCCAUCUCCCUAGCCAUGUCCCUGGGGAGUUUCCAGGCCAGGUAUCCCGAGGCAGUGACACAGCUGGGGUCCAUGCUGUUCACCAGACAGGUGUCUGGGGCUAGAGUGGUCCCACUGGGCAAUGAGCAAGUGGUCGGUGGCCAUACCUUCAAGGGCUUCAUGUCUCACAGUGAAAUGUAUCCGUGCCCCUACCUCAACGCUGCUUCGGCCAUCGGCAUCACCCGUGCCGAUGUGACACUCUGCAUUCGUCGGCUCGACAAGUGCCUCAGGAGCCUGAAGAAGGAGGCUGGUGUGGCGGGACAUAAAUGUGAUGGGGCAGAUCGAGGAAUGGAGAACCACAGAGGGGCCGGUCAAGAUGUGCAGGAAGCUGGUAGUGCAGAUGAAGGCAUGGCGUGAGGCAACACAUCCCCUUUGCUUUGUGACAAUUGAGCAGAGCUUCCAGCACCAAGCCAUCUGUGGAGUGUCAUUUCAGUGGAGGUGAGAAGAUACCCCUGAGAGCUGCCUUUGUCCUUCGUGGUGAACCACCUCACCAUGGAAAAUCACACGCUUUGUGGUGAUCCAAAGGCCAGUCUGGAAAUGAAUGGCAAUUGAGUUCCUGAAACACUGCAGCUGAGUGUGAAGGUUUUGCGGUGUGAAGGACCCAAUGUUCGGUUGUGCUGUCAGCACGUAACUCCCGGGACGUCUAACAUAAUAAAGCCUGAAUUUCUCAUUGUUUGCUAUUUAGCGUUUCCCGCGGGACCUCUUCAUAAUUCAGACUGCAGUGGCUGCACUGUGCCUUGCAUUUUAUAACUCGCCCACUAAAAUAAUGCACAGCAGGCUAUCAUGAGCAUUUUAGAUAUUCAGCCUUGAGGAACAUCUCACUGGAGUGAAGAUGGUAAAGAAAAACUGACCUCAUGCCAUUUUAGGCUUCACUUACAUUGACACAGUUUUUCACAGGUGGAAUUACAGCUGUAAACUAUAGGAACAGGCCAUGAGAAAAGCAGGCUUUGAAUCAAGUGGGCCAGAGGGUGGUGUUGUAGUUUGAGCCGCUGCCUUGUUAUCACAAUAGAUUUUAACCCAUAUCAAAUUGCAAUACUUUACCCUGAAUUGAUAUAGUAAAAAUCCCUGCUGUAUAAAUCAGUAAA